AUGUCCGACGACAUAAAAUCAUUUGUUGAGGGUGCCAUUAACGAGAACUUUAUUGUUCUUUUUACCAAAUCCUUUUGUCCUUACUGCCAUAAAGCUGUUAAAACCAUCAAAGAUCUAAAAGAGAAUUAUACCGAAUAUCAAUUAGACAACUUGCCGAAUGGUGCAGAAGUUCAAGAUUAUCUCUUACAAAAGACUAAACAGAGGACCGUGCCCAAUAUCUUUAUAGGUCAACAACAUGUUGGAGGGAAUGAUGAUCUUCAAACAGCGAAAACAAGUGGUCGUCUUAAGCAGCUGCUCAAUAGUCGUGCGUGA